AUGCUGUCUGCUGCCACCGCGUUAGUCACUAUGGCAGUGUUAGCUGGUUAUGGUGUCGUCAUCGGUGUUGAUGCCUCUCUCAAGCCUGGGAAAUACUGCGCCUACCAAGAUGUGUUUAGUCCUACACCUGGAAUGAUGCUCAGGGGGUGCAUGUUCUUCCAAUACGACUCUCCUGGGGAGGCUAUCGUGGGUUACAACUAUUUUGGAAUCCACUAUUAUGCUUUUUGGUACGAUAGUGCGGUCAUCAAGGAGAACACUUUCAUCUUGAAACGUUUUGGACGUAGUGAGGGUCCUGAGAUAUAUCCUUACUACGAAGUUGGCUUCGAUCUGAAGGUGCCACCGGGGUCGGCCGAGGUUGUCCAGAUGGUCUCUAAGAAGGGUGAUUAUGUUCACAAUCUAACAAUGACGGCCUGCGAGCAUCCGACCAAAUACGAUGCCGCUUGUGUCGCCAUCCCUUAUGCACUGUCGGCUCCCGACGGUUCCCUUGCGUCUGACGAGGAGACGCCUACAGGGUUAUAUGACAACCGGAUCGGGCCACAUGAUGUCAGCACUUAUUUCAGAGCGAAAGAUUCACUGGCGCGCACUUCUUUUAGAGACUGGCGCAGUCCGCUAGGUCAGAGUUCCGCAAUAUAUAACUCAGGCGCUAGCCCCAUGAAGUUGAGUAAGGCACGUUGUGGAGAGCUUAUACAGCUCGACAAUCUCUACGUCAACAAGACGAAGCAGUUCGUUAACGUCCCUGCACAGUGGCUCUACUUCUCGUACGACAACACGGUGGAAUUCGUCCCUAACAAUAAAUCAAAGCCCAGCGUGGUUCUGAUACACUUGCCGAAGGUAUCGAAGAACAUUGUGGCGUACUUGAUAAGCGUUUAUAUAAAACGUCGUAGAACUAACGAGAAAAUCGAUCAGGAAGAGCCUCUGCUGGAGCCCAUAAGAAGGCCUGAUACGAAUCAUAAAGUGAAACGAUACCUUAUGAUUGGUCUGCCCGCCGCGUUGGAUCUUACUGCUACGGUUAUGUGCUUUGUGGGGCUUCUGUACAACCCUGCAUCGGUCUGGCAAAUGCUGAGAGGCGCGGAAAUAAUAUUUUGUGCAAUCCUGUCGGUAUUUUUCCUGGGAAGGCGUCUUCAAGCUCAUCACUGGGUUGCGGUUGGUCUGUGUUUUAUCGCAAUUCUUAUCGUUGGUUUUGCCAAUUUGAUGAGUUCGCAAAACUCCACUCCUGCUGGAGGCGACCCUACGAUGAUGCUAAUUGGUAUGGUUAUGAUAGUCGCCGGACAGAUCGUCCAAGCAGGCCAAGUUGUGUGUGAGGAGAGGCUCAUGAAAGAGUGGACGGUGUCACCACUUCAAUUGGUCGGUCUCGAGGGAAUUUGGGGUUGUUUUUUCAUGUGUAUAAUCGUCUUCCCAAUCUUGCAAAGGAUCCCGGGAGAAGAUCGCGGAAGUAUGGAAAACACUAUUGACACUAUGAAGAUGCUCCAGAGCAACAUAGACCUUCUUACUAAGAGAUUGCCCUUCCAAUGGAAGGCUUCCAUGGCAGUCUCUAACUCAGCGGCAGAUAACCAUAGUUGUAGUGAGGGUUCAGCAAUACCGAGGACUUCAAGGAGCUCGGCCAGCGGGUUCUCCACCAUGAUACGCACCGUCGUGGUAUGCCGGCACAUUCGUCUCACUGGCCUCAAGCUCCUCUAG